AAUCUUAUGCAAGGCGAAGGUUAUUGCUCACCACAGAACAACUUGAUUAUCAACGUGCUCAACAACGUAAUAUUUAUAGAAUUCGUACAGAAGCAGAAUCAAAUGAACAAGCUGAAUAUCGGCGUAAAACUAGACGUGCAGCAUAUAUUACUUCAAAUAAUGCUGCCCGUAUACAUAUAUAUAACACUAAUUCUGUUUUAUGGCACUGUUUGGGUUCAAUGAAAAUAGAAUGUCCUCAAUGUCAAGCAUUACACUGGAUUGAAGAAAGGGUAGCUGGUGGUGCACUUGCACCAGUUUUUAGUAUCUGUUGUGCAAAUGGCAAA